CACCAAAAGUGUAGUUCGGUAGUUAAUGAGGGACUCAAAAUGAAAAAUAAAUAUUAAAGGCGCUUGACCUCAUCGAUACAACAAGGCUAGUGUGACGACGUUGACUGCGUAUGCAAAACCCAGCAAGCUACAAUGGCGUCAUUAUCUGCGUCACCUCAACUACUUCAUCUUCAUCUCCUUGUUCACAAUCCGACAACAGUUUACAGCGAAACCUCUGCGAAAUUUCCUGCUUUUCACACUCUAGCUAAUUGAUAGACUUUUGAAGCUUCUUUUGAUUCAUCAACUUCAACAAAUAUUCUCGGUUUUUUCUCAUUAAUUUCGGUUUGUGAUUGAUUUCUCGUUCAAGGAGUUUGUCAUUUUUGGGUCUAUUUCUAGGUCCUUGAACACGGAUUUGAUGUUGUGAGUUGUUCUUGGAAACUGAUUUCAUCUGGGUUUAAUUAUGUGAUCGAGUCCUCGAUCUGGGCAUUCGUCAUUUGUAGUUUACUGUGGACCUUUGAUGAGGGCUUUCAUUUUGCUGCUUGAAAUUAAACUCUUGAUUUCAUCAGGGUUUUUUCUGUGAUUGAUAUUUCGGUCGAGGGUUCAUCAUUUUGGAGUUAUUUUAGGUUUUAUUAUGAUGGAUUUGAUGUUGCGUGCUCCAGUUGAAGCCUGAAUUCAUCUUGGUUUGUUAUCUGAUCGAUUGCUCGAUCUGGGCAUUUCGUCGUUUUCGGUUUCUUUUUGGUUUAUGAUCAUGAAUUUAAUGUUCGGGGCUGCAAUUGAAAUCAAGUGAAAAGGAUUCAUCUGGGUUUUGUCAGAGAUUACUCGUUCAUUCUGAAUCAUUCAAGUUUUUGAUGAUCAAGAUAAACUGAACUCCUUUGAGGGGUUUUAGUUCCUGUAGUUCACCAUUUCCCCUUCUGCAAUUAGGUACAGGACAACUUGCAUAGCAUCAGGUACAAAUCAUUAUAGCUAGAUUUUGCAUUUCUCUCUCUUAUCUGCAAUCGAAUAAUGGUGACGUCAUUGGUAGAGAUAUUGAUUCUUCAUCAUCAUCAUCAUCAUCUACCAUGAAAGAUCAGAUUUCUCAAGAAAUCUUGACCCAAAUCUUUCAGAUGCAUACCCCCAAUUCCUGAUUCCGAAUUGGGUUUUUCAAAUUACGAAAUUUGAGUUCGAUCAAUGGCAAAUUAUUCUGAACCAUCAUCAUCCUUAAGCUUUACUUCACCUUCUCAUGUCUCCAAUGGCUCUAAUGGCUACAAUAUAUCUUCUUCUUCAAUACCUGAAACACGAACAAAUCUUGAAAUCAUCAGCUUAAACAAACUCAGUAGCCACUUAGAAAAACUCUUGAUCCAAACCGACUCCAAUUCCGAUUUCGGUUCAAGUUACAGUGAUGCAGUAAUUGUAGUAGAAGGCAAUAAUGUUUUCAUUCAUCGGUGUAUUUUAGCAGCUAGAAGUAAGUUUUUCUGCAAUUUGUUUAAGGAAAGUAAAUAUUCCGUUGAAGAAGAUGGGAAAUCGAAGUACAUCAUGAGUGAAAUUUUGCCAUUUGGGAAUGUUGGAUAUGAUGCUUUUCUUGUGUUCUUGAAUUAUCUGUAUACUGGAAAAAUGAAGUCUUCUCCACCAGAGGUUUCAACAUGCAUCCAUGGUGAAUGCCCACAUGAUGCUUGUCGACCAGCUAUAGCGUUUGCUGUUGAAUUGAUGUAUGCUUCAGUCAUUUUUCAGGUCCCCGAAUUAGUUUCUCUUUUUCAGCGACGACUUCUUAAUUUCAUCGAAAAGGCAUUCGUAGAAGACGUGAUCCCAAUACUUCUAGUAGCAUUCCACUGCGAGUUAACUCACAUCUUAACUCAAUGCAUCCACCGAGUCGCCCGGUCAGACCUCGAUGACAUCACCCUCGAGAAAAACCUCCCGCCCGAAGCUGCCCGAGACGUAAAAUCCCUUCGCAACACCCUACCCGAAUCCGCUGCCCGAGAACCAAAAUCCGAUGAAGAAGCAUUACGAGAAAAACGAAUCCGACAAAUACACAAAGCAUUGGAUUCGGAUGAUGUCGAGUUGGUCAAACUUCUACUGACUGAGUCAAACAUAACCCUAGACGAGGCCCACGGGCUACACUACGCGGUUUCAUACUGUGACCCGAAAGUAGUGAAAGAAGUGAUAGAUUUAGAUCAAGCCGAUGUGAACCGUCGAAAUGCCCGAGGGUACACCGUAUUGCAUGUGGCUGCGAUGCGGAAAGAACCGUCUAUUAUUGUUUGUCUUUUGAGUAAACAAGUAUCGGUUUUUGAAACGACACGCGAUGGGCAAAACGCGCUUGGGAUUUGCAAGCAGUUGACACGGCCGAAAGAUUAUAACACGAAAACGGAGCAUGGGCAAGAGGCGAAUAAGGAUCGGUUGUGUAUUGAAGUUUUGGAAAGGGAAAUGAUUAGGAAUACAAUGGGGAAAGAUGUGAUUGUUUCGUCUUCGGAUAUGACCGAUGAUUUGCACAUGAAGUUGUUGCAUUUGGAAAACCGAGUCGCGUUUGCACGAUUGUUGUUUCCAUCCGAAGCAAAACUAGCAAUGGAGAUCGCCAAUGCACAAACAACAUCUGCUUAUCCCGGUUUAUUGGCAACAAAAGGCUCAAACGGGAACUUAAGGGAGAUGGAUUUGAACGAGACACCAUCCAUACAAAAACAAAGACUCAUAUCACGAAUGGAAGCUCUCUUGAAAACAGUGGAGACGGGUCGACGUUUCUUCCCUCAUUGCUCAGAAGUUCUUGACAAGUUCAUGUUGGACGAUUUGCCUGAUUUGUAUUUUCUUGAAAAGGGGACACCAGAAGAACAAGUGAUAAAACGUUCACGAUUUGUGGAGCUCAAAGAGGAUGUUCAAAGAGCAUUCACCAAGGACAAAGCCGAGCUACCGAGCAUUUUGACACACGGUAUAAAGAACCGAGCCCGGAAAUACUCGUAA